AUGAGUGCUGUUUCUGAAGAACCCCAGUUCCUAAAUUUCCGCUUGGCAGUUCUUCCUCAGCAUGCCUGGCAGAUCCCUCUAACCCAUUGCAGAGCACUAACUCCGGAAGCUCUCACUUUCAGACUCAUUACACAUAUAGCAAUUUUGGCUUCCAUACUUUCUCUUACCAUUUACUGGCUCAUCAGAGACAGUCACAGAGUGAGAAACCUGGGUGGAAAGCAUGUCUUCGUAACAGGCUGUGACACCGGACUUGGAAACUCACUGGCUAAAUGGCUUGGCAAAAGGGGAUUUUGUGUCAUUGCUGCAUGUGCCACAGAAAACGGAGGCCAAGAGCUACGGUCCUGCUCCUCACUCUCACUGGAGACAGUGAACCUGAACUUGGCUGACUGCAACAGCAUUGCCAGGGCUGUGGUGUUUGUGACCGAAGAGAUGAUUGACAGGGGGCUUUUUGGUUUGGCGAGCAAUGCUGAAGGAACAGCACCUGGAGCACCCACUGACUGGCAGGAUGAAGACUUCCACUCAGUGCUAGAUGUUAGUCUGCUGGGAUUGAUUGAAAUCACACUCAAGCUUCUGCCACUUCUGAAAAAAGCUGAGGGAAGAGUAGUCAAUCUAUUUAAUGCCAGGGGCCUCAUGGCUUUUGUAGGGGGUGGCUACAGCCUGUCCAAAUGGGGUAUGGAAGGUUUUCUGACACCUUAUGGUGAGUGGCUAGAAAAACAUGCAUGA